CCGCCGGGGGGGGUUUGUAACCCGCCGAAUCAUCACUUCGUCAUGCCGAUCGCGGCGUUCGAGAAGAUCGCUAUCUGGAAAGCCGGGGUUAUCCCCAUUCAGUACCGUCGAAUAAAGUGCAUAAGAGAAGGUGGUGUCCGAUUCACUAUUGAUGGCCGUAAAUUCUUCUACACCGUUCUGAUCAGCAAUGUAGCUGGAGCUGGAGAUGUGACCGCAGUAAAGAUUAAAGGUUCAAUGACAGGUUGGCUUCAAAUGGGUCGAAAUUGGGGACAGAAUUGGCACAUAAGCGCGGAUCUCAAGGGCCAAUCUCUAUCCUUUGAGCUCACAACUAGCGAUGGCGUCACACUCUCCUCUUAUAAUGUUGCACCUAGAGAUUGGACCUUUGGCAAAACUUACACCGGCAAGCAAUUUCCAUUCUAAUUAAAUAUGUAUAAUGCUUUUGUUCAUUACUAUUGUACUAUGAGAAAUUACCAGGAGAAAAAAUUCAUCAGUUUUGGAUGCAUCUUUGAUGGAGUAUGUGAUUUUGUGCAUUAUGCUGUACUUUAAAGUAGCUUUCAAAGGCGAUGUUUUGAUUCUA